UGGCUAAUUCUGUGCACAUUGGGAUCGGAAUUGACAUCGAUAAGCUAAUUGGCUCAUUCUGAUGGGUCCGUACAGAGCUCGAGUCGAGUCAGAAUUGGGUAGAAUUUCUAUUUGGGCUUCGUUCGGGCUCUCCGAUCGAUCCAAAGCAAAAGGCCCGCCUUCGUUGCUAGGGCGGCGAUUCGCCCCCACGCGGAGCCCUCUCGAAGCCGGCGCCGCCUCCUCGCCGAGAUGGACGUCUCCUUUCUCGUCAAGUAAUACUCCUCCCUCUCCCUCCCCACCCUCUCUCUCUCUCCGCUGUCUCCAUCACCAGCGAUGCGGGAUUUUCCCCAGCCUUUCUCUCCUACAACUUCGCCCUCGACGCCAAUCGAAGAGUUGGUCGAUGAAUGGCUGGUUCCGGGAUUUCGUCCAGUGUCUACACAUCCAACAUACUUAUCAGAGAAUUAUACUCAUGGGUUGAAUUGGAUCGGGCGUCGGCUUUCCCAUCUGAGAUGACGCUCGCCGGUUGUUCGCCCAAAGUUGUCGUUCACAUACAACACUCUGACUGAUGGUCCCUGCAAGUCGGUCGCCUGCUGCUGAGGACGAUGACGGAUUCAAGAAAGUUUUCCGAUGAGAUGGUGGAAGUGUUGGCCCCUGAUGCCAUACUCGCACUACGCUCGUGAAUGGGUACUGCAGGGAUGGCCACGUGCAUCAAGAUCUAGUCUUGUAAGGGCGUGGAACCCUGUGUUGUUACAUAUACUUCGUUGGUCAAUGCAAUGUGUAAAGCAGGGAAGCUGAGGAGAGCAACUAAGAUUGUCAGCCGAACUAAGGAGGUCACUUUCACACGAGAUGGUUCUUGAAUGUUGCAUUCCUGAUCGUGAAGCAGACAAAGGAGAGUGGAAUUUGGCUUCCUUUUGCGAGCUACAAUCCUCUAAUUAAUGGGUAUUGUUUGCUGGGGAGGAUGGAUGUUCAUCGAGGAUUGUUCGAGACGAUGUGUUACGAACUAAAUGAAUGGCACGGUAGGAGUGGAGACAUUGAUCUGGCAUUCCAGUUGAAUCAGGAGAUGCUUGACAACUUAUUGAAAGUACUUGUGAUGUAAGAGACUGGACAGCACUUAUAAGCAUUCCCAGAAAAUGUUGAUUUUGAUCUACAUCUUGAUGAAUUUACAUACACCACACACACACUGAUUGAUGGCUAAUGGAAUGUGGGGAAUGAAGAAGGCUUUCAUAGAGUGAGUCAGACAAAGGAAGUAAAACGAUUCCUGUUAGGAUGUUCUAUGAUGAGUUUUUUCCAGAUAGUAUGGCAUAUGGCAUACUGAGGGAUUGAUGUGGCAAAGCGGAGUUCAAAAGUGUGUUCAUUCUUUAAAAGGAUUGAUAAAUGAAGCUUAUAAGGCAUUUGAUUCAACAGCGAAGAGGAGGUGGAUGCCUGAUGCUACUGCAUAUAAUGUUAUCAUCCAUGGACACUGUAGGGCAGGAAACUUGUGUGCAUAGAUGGUACAAGAUGGCUUUCUCCUCAGUGCAAUUAUUAAGGGUAUCUCUCAAUUUGAUAAGGAUGAGGAACUGAAUUAAGUGAACCACAAAAACGUAGAUGUUGUAUUGAAUGUUCUGACUAACAUGGCAAAGGAUGGACGUCUGCCUAGUGACAGUGAACUAAAAGAAUGUACUCAUUAGACUGGUUUUCUGGAAAUUCACCUUGCAAUGCUAAAAAAAAUCAUUUGUAUCAGCAAAGAUUGAUGACCAUGCUAUUCAUUUGGCACAAGAAAAUGAUUUCAGUUGAGCUAGAUUAUUCAACAGCAAUGUUCGGAGUCUGCUGCAUGGUUCAUUUUUUGUGGCAUCGAGCUACAAUACAAAUUCUAGAUCCAUGUCUAUCUGGUAUGGCUAAAGCCAAAAGUUAGGUGUGCUAUUUAACUUCUAGAUAUUUGAGAAUGUUGGUGAGAUAGAUGAUAGUUGGAUGAUGUAUUAUCAUGUAUAUAUUCAUCAACUCAUUUAAAUUAUGUUUAAAUCCACGAGUUUGCUACCAUGACGAAACUUGACAUAUGCAAUUAGUUUAUGACCUUAGGUUGCUGCAGAUUUGAUGAGCAUCAAUGUUAUCUCGUUGCAUCCAUGAAGAAUAUCCUCGGUGUAUACGUACCAAUUUUGGCGUAGGCUCUGCUUAACCUACAUGUGGGAGUAUCCUUGGCAUAUCAUCAUUCUCCCAUUUUGGCACCCUUCAUCUGUUGGUUGUCUGAUUGGCAAAUGGCAGUACAUGGCCAAUGCCACUUAAUUCUUUCUGAAAGAAAGAGUGUGACAAAUUUGACUUUGCAAGAGUUAGUAUUUAUUUAACUUCUACAGCAAUACUACAGGCUGAGAUGUGCCAAUCAUCAUGUUCUUUUACGUUCUUAGUAUCGUAUUUAUCACCUUUUAUCUGAUCCUGGUUAUCUAGUAUCCUUGACUUCAUGCACUUCCAUAGAGAAGGAUCCAAAUGAGUGCCACUUUAAUAUAAUGUUAACACUGUACGAACACGAGUUAAAUUAUGGUGAGCUUCUAUGUACCUGCAGCAACUGGCUAAGUGUAAGGCUCAUCUCUGCUACAAUUUGAUAUCCCAUGUACUUGGUGCCGAUUCUCGUCACCAGAUAGUUCUGAUUUAGUUGAUAGAUUCUGUGCUGUUAAACAUAAAUAAAUGUUCAUGUUUUGUCACAAUCUUGACAGCUCUAUGAAGUGUUUGUUGCAAUGGUUCUGAGGAUGUAGAUUUGGGACCUGCCUCAUAACCUUCAAAUGCAUAAGUUCUACAGAAAGCACCCUCCCAGGAAGCAGCACGACUUGAGAUGCAUCAUUGGCAACGACUCCCACCAACUAACAUCAUGCGCAAGAGCAUCUCUAUCAGCUAAAGUUAAAGAGUUGGGCCUCCCACUCAUGAUGCUAUCAGGAUCUACACCAAGUAGGUAUGGCUUAUUCUAUUCUGUCACUCUCUUCAUUAAUUCCUAACUGCUCCUUGACCUUCCCCACCAACACAAGUAGAUGCUUAACCAUACUAUUUAUGAGAGUACUAGUGUUCCUCUAAGCUUUAACUACUACUAGUCUUUGGGAGGAGGAUUCUCCCUAUUCUUCCUUGGAUAUAUUGUGUAUUAACCUUAAUAAUUGGUAGAUAAAGAUUUAUUCGCUUGAUAUAAUUAUUAUUGAUAAUUUUAGUUUAAAUGUUUUAGGAUCCUUGUUCGGGCUCAAUAAAUUAAUCGGUUAAUUAUGGUGUACAUAUGAUUAGAUAAUGUGAGGAACUCAAAUAGAAAACGGAGAAAUCAUUGCUAGAUAGGACGAUCAUAUGUGCACAAUGUUGGAGGUUGGUUUUGAGUUAUAUUAUAUUUGAUGAAAUUAGUAGCUUCAAUUUGGAUCUAAGCAAUUUGGGAUAAUGAUUUAGGUUCAAUAAAUUAAUGGAUUAAUUGCUUCAUCAGAUCGGGUGGUAACGCACUGAACCCAAUGAGAUGAACUACUUGCUACUCAAUAGGAGAAUGAUGGUGACCUCUUUUGAGUUACUUCCUUUCUUAAACUAUGAUAACAAAAGAGCUAAAGUGUGGUGUUUGGCUGAAUCAAUUUGCAAGGAAUCUGCAUUCGUUCUGGUUUGGUUUGUCAUUCGACGAGAGUUGAGCUCCUUAACCACUAUAUUAUUCUAAGAAAAAGUACUAUUUUUUAUUUUCUAGAAUGUCAAUUAUGUUCAUAAAAUGUUCCUAAUGGGAUGAUGAUAGAAAAAAAAUAAAUGGAGAUGAAAGGUAUUUUAUAUUAGCGUACAAAUGUGGGGUGAGGAUAGGUAGAGCACUCUCUAGUCCGUAGUUAUUCUUAUACCCGAUCUAUUAAUACGUGAGUUGAGAUGUUAGGCCCAGACACUAAGUAGAUCAUGCUUACGUUAUUCAAAUUAGAUUGGAUCAACCUCGAUCGAAUCGAUCAUGAUUUAAUUAGAAAUUAUUUGAUUCAAUUGAAUCAAAUGAAAUAUCUCUCAACAGUAACAUGUUGCAGACACCUAAUCUCCAAUCGUAGGUGAUAUUAGGAUGGUUUUUUUUUAAAUUGAAUGAAUUAAUUAAAAUGAUAUGGUCUUCGUCGCCGAUGGGGAUUUUCUAUCUUCGUCCCUGUCUUAUCAAAAUACAGAAUGAGACGAGGAUAGGAGAUGGAAGGAUAAGACCAUAACGAAGACGACGAGGAAGCAUUUCUCGCUCCCCAUCCCGCCUGAUUGACAUCGCUGUUUGGAACAUGGAAUGAUGGGAGGGUGAAGAACCUUACAAAUAAAUGAUUGCUGCAGUUAGAUAUGGAUUUGAUAUAUUGUUUCCCUUAAUCAUUACACCAUGAGAAGAGUGUAUUGCUUGAAGCAUAAGAUUGCAUUUAACUAAUGGCUUAAAUCAGUGCACUAAGAUCACUUCUCCAAAUAGUUAGAUUUUUAUAGUAAUCUCAAGUCUCCAUCUCAAUUCUUAACUAUAAAGUUAGUUCUUUUGAUUGAAUGAUGCAAUGUACCUACUUAUUAUUAUCUAACAUCCAAAUGGCGAGUUCCGGAACAGUAACCCUCUCGAUGAUCACCACCCAAAAGCUGAAGGAAAUAAAGAAAGAAAACAUGAAGAUAGACGACAAUACUGGCGGCCAAAGCAAGAAAGUAAAGCUGGUUUAGCCCUCCCUUUUAAUCCACACUUUGCCUUCCUCAGAAACAGAGCAGCAAAUCAAAGGGCAUAAACGCGAGAGAGAGAGAGAGAGAGAGAGGCCAUGAAAGGAAGCCUGGGAGGAGGAAGAGGAGUCUCAACAGACCUUUUGGUCUGCUUUCCAUCAAGAGCUCAUCUGCCGCUGAUGCCAAAGACUAUAAGUGGUCCAUCCCGGCACACGGAAUCCGGCAGGCGCCCUCCGACGAGGCACACCGGCCGUGGCCGGGCGAGCCCCCUCUUUAAGGCCAAGGCCAAGCAUUUGAACUCGGCGGAGCUCGACGAGCCGGCCUCGCCCAAGGUCACCUGCGCCGGCCAGAUCAAGGUAAGGGCCAAGGCGAGACCAACGCCCAGACGCAGCGGCGGCGGCGGCUGCGACAGGAACUGGCUCGAAAUGUUCGGUCUCAAGAAGGACGCCAUGCACUUCCUUGGCGCCCUCCGAGGCCUCCGCUUUGGCGCCAGGUGCUUCGGUUCGUUCCGUGCCCCAGCGGACUGCACCAGCGAAGAGGAAGACGAAGAUGAAGAGGAGAGGGAAGACAAUCGCCAACUACAGGAGGCCGUAGAAGAGGAGAGCAACGGACGUUGCGAAGUGGAAUCGAUGGCGCCACCUCCAAAUGCUCUUCUGCUCACGAGGUGUAGGUCAGCACCUGCAACGAGGUGGUCACCGAGAGGAGGCGGCGGUGGUGAUGGAGAAGAGUCGUCGGCGAAGAUGAUUAGGGCGGAAGAGGAGGGGGUGGUUCUGCCGAACUAUGCUCAUGGUUUCCCUAAGGUGUCGUCGGAGAUUGCAAAGGAGAGUUGGGUCGAGGUAAGGAUGAAUCUGCCGGUGAGGAGUCGAAGCUGGAAGAGAUGAUGGAUGUCGACGGUGGUGGCGUUCAACCGCUUUACCGGUGCUUCAUGGUGUUCAUGAGACUUGAGCUCUCCUCCUCUCCCUUGUUCGUGUGCUCUACAAAUCUAUCCUCCAGAGUAUGAAAAUAAAGUAUUUACCUAAUAACGUUUAAUAGCA